AAAAAGAUAUAGAAAACGGAACAUCGAGCGCCAGGGCAGAAAAGAGAGAGGGGCGGGACCUGCCCCCGCGAUCUUUUCGUUUUACUCGCGAUCUGCGCGCACCUCUUUAGGGAGCCCCGAGAAGUAAGAGAGAGAGAGUCGGUUUUUCCCUAAACACGUCGCGCGGGAGUCCAUUUCGGCCCGCCGCAAGUGGCUCUCUGCAGCCGAUUCCUUCUUGCCGUCACGAGCCCCACUGCUCGGCGGCGCCGGACCGAGAGACAGUCCGUGGAGCGGAACGGCCUGCUGAUCGACCAGCGUUGCUGCGUGCGCGUGUUCUCCGCCGAGCGAUGCGGUUAUAGCGGAUCGGCAGGACCCGCCGCUCCGAGCACGAGCUUCUCUCCCGAAGGUGGAGCGCUUCUGCCGUCGCCGCAGGACCUCUGCAAUCCGCGCUCCUCUUCUAUUAUUCGGCAACUCCGACGGCCCGCCCCGCCGUCUCCGUUCGCGGGCUCAUGGAGGCAUCGGCCGGUGUCGGUGGAGCGGCGGCGGUGGACGGCGUGUCGUCCGUGUCCAAGCGCGAGUACUUUCUGGACCUGUUCUGGCGCCACAAGCACACCACGAUCACGCUGUGCUUCGUGUUCUGGAGCUUCGGCAUGUGCGUCGCCUUCCUGGGACCGACGCUGUUGGAUUUGGGUUGCAAGACCCAGACCGUGUUCUCGACCAUGUCCUGGGUGUUCUUCAGCCAGUCGCUGUUCAUCCUGCUCGGCGCGGCUGCAGGCGGUGUCCUCGUGGAAAGGCUGACGCCCAACCUUACGCUGGUGCUGGGCACGGCCAUGAUGACGAUGACCAUGGCGCUGAUCCCGGUGUGUCACGUGCUGGCCGUGCUUGCCGUGGUGCUGGCCAUCAUGGGCUUCUUCAUGGGGUGCAUCGACACCGUCGCCAACGUGUACAUGAUACGCAUAUACUCCAAGGACGUCUCGCCGUUCCUGCAAGCGCUGCAUUUCUUCUAUGGCAUCGGGGCGUUCGUGAGCCCGAUGAUCGCGCAGCCGUUUCUUCUGAACGAGGACUGUUCAGUGUUCAUCGACAACAGCUCGGACUCCAUGCUGGACCAGGAGGACAUGAAUCCUUCUGGGGGAGGCCUUCCGGCGACGUCGCUCGCCGAGGCUCAACGAAAGACGCACAUCGACUACGCCUUCUGGAUCAUGGCCCUGCUCAUGGUCCCAGUGGUCCUGUUGGCUCUUUCUCUCGUGGGAAAGCAGUGGUAUCGGCGGCGCCUUGCCUCCCAAGAUCCAGGAACCAAACAGGCCUGGUACGAAUCCGUGGACGAUCCAUCCGUACCAGCCAUCCCGGACAAGACGGGAAAGGCGACUGGUACCUCACAGAUCAUUCUGGUUGCCCUCCUCACCGCGGCCAUGAUGUUCCUCUAUGACGGACUUCAGGCUGCGUACGGCGGCUACAUCUACUCCUACGCCGUGAAAGGAGCUGCGCGUCUUCCAAGAGCCGACGCUGCCUACCUCAACGCCCUCUUCUGGGGCAUGUUCGCGAUGGGUCGGCUCAUAUCCAUUGCCCUGGCCACCAAGCUGGCCCCGGCCCUCAUGCUGCUGUGCAACGUGUGUGGUUGCACGCUGGGCGUCACCCUCAUGCUAUGCGUCCCCUGGAGCAAGGCCGUGCUCAUCAUGGGCACCAUGUUGAUGGGCAUCUUCAUGAGCAGCGUCUUCCCAACCGCACUGUCGCUCGCCGAGCAAUGCAUCUACGUGUCACCUCGUACAACAAGCACGCUAGUCUUCGGCGCAGCACUGGGCGAGAUGUCGAUGCCUGUCAUCUUGGGACACGAGUUCCACCGCAUAGGACCCACGGCCUUUCCAAUCACCUGCAUGGCCCUAUGCGUGCUCUCGUGCGUCGUCUACGUUGGCCUCUGGGCUGUAGGCCACCAGCUCACCGGAGGACGAGGCCUCAUCACUGCCUGGCUGUUCGGAGCCAAGCCCGAAUGCGGCGAGGACUCCGGCCUGAUGACGCAGCACGUGCGCUACUACUCGCGCAUGCGCAGCGACUUGUCCGACAACAGCGUCGACGAGCACGAGAGCACACUCACCUCCGGCCCGGAGCCGCCGGCGACGCAGCAAGCGCCUCCUGCCGUCGCCACUUCUCCCGUCGCCCCGUCGGGCGGCACGCUCAACCCGUUCCAGCAGUAGUAACGGCGACGACGUCCUUGUAAUGCCUACUUAACCGAAGCUACCAAACGGUGGCUAUAGGGUCUCCGUCAUUACGCGGCAGACUCGGACACGCGGUUUGGCGGCGAACUCGGCGCUGUGCUCGAAAGAAGCUGGAAUUUUUUUCUUCCAAACAAAGCGGGUGCAGCCAUGUCGUGUUGCCAUCUUAGCCAGGCCAGACGACAAAGUGUUGCCGCAGCCGUGCGCUCAGUGGGCAGUUGUCUCAUUGUCCACUGCCGAACGGAAAAGCUUACCGCAUAGCAAGUGGCGUUUUCGGAUGGCAGCACGGCAUGGUUGAACAUUUUUAAUGAGAAGUUGUAUGCGUGGGGCGUAUGCACAUUGCCAAUAACAGAGCGUCUGAGCUGAUUAAACGUACUAGUAAAUAGCCGUACGCGAAUGUGGAAAGACACGAGAAUGGCACGGGUCGCAAUUUCUUAUGACACUGCGUUCAACCAAACAUCAUAGAAAUGCUAUUACACGCAGCGGCAGUGUUCGUCUUAUGUUAUUACAUUGAGCCAUCGUGUUUACAUUAUGUGGUGCGUAUGUUAUGUGUCGGAUGCAGACACUUGGUUGAACACAGCGUCAUAAAAUAUGGCCAGCGGAGCUGCCGUUACCGCCUAUGCCAUUCCACAUUCUGGUAGGCGUCUAUGCUUGUGCGUUUAUGGUGAGCUAAAAAAAAAAGAACUCUCUUUCCUAAUGGCCAUGAUUGUGGAAAACUUGCGUCGAUGCUGAUUGCGGUUAUCGCGUAAUGCCGUAUUUAAACGAAGCAUGCAAAACACGUAUGACGAUGAACGAACUUGUGGUGCUAACUUGCGGCCAUAAUGAUGCUGGUGGCCCCACAAUUACAUUUAUGGCUCUUAAAUUUUUCUUUAUUGCACAGAAGGAUCGAGCAAGGCAGUGUUUUUUGCAUUGCAGUUUAGCCCAGCAUGGCGCCUCACACUAUUGCCAGCAGCUUUGGUGUUCCCGUCUACGCAUCAUGGUAAUUAGGCGGCGGUAAUCUGCGUAUACGUAAGUUAACAAAUGUCUAACGGAGCGCUUUAGCGUAACGUUAUCACUCUGCUUUGUCUUUGCCGCCUGCGCUAGCCAAUCAGAGCAGCGCAUACGUUCGUGGCAUUUGGAAACAGCUGUAACGCUGACGUUGGAGCAGUGACGCAACAAGCUGAAGGGUUCGGAUAUGUUACCCGCGCACUGACAGAGGAAGUCUCUGAACUGCUGCGUACCCACGGAAGUUGAUCAUCGCAGCAUGCUUCCUUUCCAUUCCAGUGACGUCAUAGAUGUGAUCGCUCAAGCAACGUGACCUAGCGCGAGCAUUAUGCAAUCUGCCUCGUGCUUGUGUCGCACGGUUUCACCUGUGUGCGAAGGCUGCGACGCUAUAUACAGCCUAGAUGCCGUCGGCUUAAUGGCCGCUUUACAAGGCCUGCUUUCUGAAGGCGUUUCAGCAGUUUCCUUAGAUUUCAUUAGUAGACUGUGAUGUGAAUGAAUUGACUCCCAGCAGUAUGGCGGGGCCGCGAGAACUAGUAUUUGAGAAAGCAGAUCACGCAGUAACUCAGUUGCCGAGGCAUUGUCGCCAAAUAGAUUGCUGCUAUCGCUUGAUUUUGCUCCGUUCAGACAGAAAGGGGACAAACCGGCAGCAUGAAGGAAUCUGUGUGGACUAAUGCGGCCGACCCCUUUGCGUGAGCCAACCAUGUGUCCAGGCUGCAUACGUUCGUGUUUUCGCGCCUUAGCUCUUCAAACGUCUGGGUAUGUUUCGUCAGAUUGCUCUUUUUGGUUGUCCGCACCGCCUCGGAAUGCUUUCUACCACGAGAGAGCCAAACAGGUCUGUUUUCGUACAAAAUGUCGCUGUCGUGGUACGAGAGCACGGUUUCCUGUGUUGCAUUUAUGCUUGCGACGCUUCGAAAUCACUUUUUCUUUUCUUUUUGUGCUGUGGCUAGAACCUCAGGUGGACGAGGGUAGAUCGUUCUUUCAUUCAGAACGAAAAAUAUUAAAAAGAGGUAUGCAGGUAUACUUACAGUGGCUAUCAGGUGCACGAGAAUGUUGACGAUGCCAGACUAUCAGUGCCACUUGACACCUAAGGUGAACAUCAAGUGUUUAGGGUCGUAAGGUGUUAAUGUGUGUACAACGUGCGUUUUUUUUUUGUUUAGUGCUGUCUCCGUUCUCGCAAAUCUUUCAUGAAGACAAUCUUCGCUAGUGUUGACCGAAAGGUUUGAGGAUAGCCGAGUUUUUAGCUCUUUAUAGACAACGUCUGCUGAUGAAGACGGCUUCCUUUUCUCAACAUUUAAUCAUUCCAGGCUUGUUCAUGUAUCUGUGAUUUUUAACUAAUUAUGCCUAUUGCAAAAGCUUUCUUGUUUUGAGUGCCAUCGCAUGAGCGUCUCUGCCAAGACGGGCUGAACAAAUAUUUCCCGAAGCGCGUUCACGCAGCUAUUGCAGAAGCAAACUCGGGAACUUUAUGUUGAAUACGGUCACGUGAUUGUCCCUAUGUACCCACUCGCACUAUAGUGUGAGUCCGCGUUGACGUCUUAUAAUCAACUGUGUUGUUCACCGGUCAGAAAGAAGACACUGCGUGUACAAGAAGCUGCUAAGGCCGCAUGCAAAUCGUAAACAGUCAAAAGAAGCCAUUUCGUAUGCAUGCCUUCUCGAGCAGCAUGUGUCACUUUGAUUUAGACCAGAACCGCCUCCUAUUAUCUUAUCAGCGAUUUUUCCGUUUAUUGAAUGGCUUCGACGUGGCCUGCCGGCUGCAGGCCAAACCGCCCCCCCCCCCCCUUUUCCAUUUCCCCUACGCCGCCUUAGUAUCUUCAAACUCUCGUGUAGUCUCGUAAACGCAAUGUUAUAUCUUUUUAAUACUGCUGUUACUUGGGCGAGUUGGGAUUGCGUACUGCUUUGGGUUGCGCUUUUGAAGGCAAGGAUACAAUGAGGUAUGAAGAUCAACAAACGGGAGCGCUCUAUAGCUAUAUAUCAGUUGCUAGAACGCUCGCGUUUAUCUGUGUGCCUUACUGGGUCAUUGCCUUCAAAGGCGCAACCCAUACCAACAUCUUUUUAAGUUUUAACGCGCUGCAAGCCAACAAGGCAGCAUCGCCAUUCAAUGUUCUCUUAGGGAUUACACAAAAGUACAAUCAUGUACAAUCUAUAACAUUCACGUGGUUUCCACAUUCUAACUGUUUGUUUUUAAAGUUUAUUCCCAUGCCAUCAAUCCUCCAUCUUGCGCUUCACUUGAAACACUGCAGUUCGCUUGUUCUUAAUUUGUUAUCAACCAUAGUUAUUUGAUGCGGACGCGUUUAUCAAGUGGGACAAACGCUUUCUGUUCGUUGUACGUGACAUUCGCUCAAUCACCGCAAGCGUCCGAAGGCCGUCCUUCGUGUUAUGUGAAGGCGCGUUGUCUGCCUCACUUAAUAUGCGGAAUAGUGUUCAUUACACGCAACAGUUCUGAGAGGGGACGCGUUACCUGUGUUGCCCUCUACCGCCCAUUUUCUGAGAACAGAAGUAUCUGAUGUAGUUGGUGACUGCGCGUGGUGAGAUUUGCCGUGAUAAAUAUUGUGAGGCCUCGUAUGGUAGCAAUCACAUUGUUUUAAGUCUUCGCUGGUCUCCAUCACCAUGUGUCGUUAACCAAAAAAAAAGCAACCUGUCCCGGUAAAAAGUUAUAUGAACGCGCUGAACUUGUAACACGCUGCUGAGCGAAGAGCGUUAAUGUAAGAGCCGACAGAAACUAUCUACAUGUGCAAUCAAUCAAUCAAUCAAUCAACCAAUCAAUAAAUCAAUCAAUCAAUCAAUCAAUCAAUCAAUCAAUCAAUCAAUCAAUCAAUCAAUCAAUCAAUCAAUCAAUCAAUCAAUCAAUCUUUAUUUUUGCGAAAAUCGCUUUCGGACAAUUUCAAUCGACUAAUUCGUUUUCCGACAAUCAAACUGCUUUCUUUUUUCUUUUUAUGGCAGCAUACCGUACUAUCGAUAUCACAUGUGUCGUUUCACGUUAAAGUAAUUAGGUGAGAACAAAACAUCGCGUUCAGAUCAUACUUCAUGGCUACACAACCUUCGCAUAUUUAGGGCACAUUCAUUGAUACUCGAAUUCAAAAGAAGCAAACGUGCGAGGCUUCAAGAGCGCAAUCCAUUUGCCUAAGUUCAGAUACGUUCAGAGCCCAACGCCAGGUUUUUGGCAGCUACUUCUCGACGAGAAUUCCUUCUUUUCGACUUUUGUCGGAAAACACUGUUUACAAGCGGGAACAGAAAACAGCGUUGCUAAGGCAAACAAUGACGUUUGCAAUGACGCCGCGUUAUCGGAUUUGCAACGCGUCAUCAGAACAUUUCAAUUGCAGAGCAUGGCAGUGCGUUUGUUUAGCUUGUGCGCCAUUUACUUGACGUGCUCUGCUUCCGGAAUAUAUAAACCACGUUUUUUUUUUUUUCGCAGUGAUAGUUCUCAGAUGCGCACAGGCUGUUUUCGCUUCCCCUUCCUCUUAAACCAACGGCAUAGUUUUAAGAGGAAAGUCCAAGAAUGAAAUUGCGGCUUAGGUUGCACUGGCUUUUGUUGCGGUUUCGGGCAGUUAUGAUGGAAUAAUGUGCGCUGUGGCACGCUCGGCGCAAAGUCAAUCAACAGAAAGGUCUUUCAGAUAAAGGAACGUGAUAUUCAGCCAGAUAGUGGAAGUACAACCUAUUUUUUAUAACUCCAGCGGCGCCUGAACUCCAGACUUUCUUUGCUUCUUCUAAUCUUUUGCUCCCCCUUCCCUUUCCCCUAGUGCAGGGUAGCCAACCGGUCACACUCCUGGGUAACCUUGCCGUUCAUCUAUCCUUUCCUCUUUUUCGUAAGCUUUGUUUUGUGUAAUCAGGAAGCAGUGCAACAUGUGAAAGAUAUAAGUCAUAAGCUAGUCGGCACAAGAGCUAGAAGUCCUCUCGUCGCCUCGGUUGAGGGUAAUGCUGCGACGUACAGCCUCUGUCCGAAAAAAGCUGAGCCAGUAAGAGCAUAAAUGCUGCUGUAUCUUGGCUGCAUUGUGUACAGACUGUAGAUUUCUGUGGUUGAGGGAGAAAAUUCUAUCGCUCUCCUGCGAUUCCGACAUACGCUUUGAUUUCAUGCCCCAGUUUCUUAUAAUACUGCAUAGAGAUAAAUCUGAUGCCCCUGGCUGCUGCAUUUUCUUAAAGGGUGCUCUGCGGGCACUUUAACGAUGGUGUAUAAAGGAAAGUUCGAGUUUGUGUCCAACCGAGUUCGGAUUAAAAUAUGGUCAUGAAUGCGCGAAUAGGUCGAGUUACUGCAUGAGGCUGUUGGUGUCCACAUUUCUUCUGAUACCUAUACUCGUGUUUUUUUCCCCUAUGAUUCCUUACAAUAAUGAAUGACGGAGGUAACUGAAGACUGCCGAGGAAGGCCUUUUUCCUGCCGUGGACACACACUAGGCUGACGAUGAAAAUAAUGUAACAAGAAGUUGUUUCAUUCGAAGCUAAGCCUUUGUGACUGCCAAAAUAUUCGUUUCCAGACUCCAAUAUGGGAUAUCCUGGCUCUCUCUGGAAGAUGUUACUUCAAGGUCCUCGCUCUCUGGCAUUCCCGUGCAUGCAACGACACUUUACCCUCCGGAAUUAUAGGAAACUUUAUGCUUCGAGAAGCGCAGCUUUAACAAAAAAGGGCUAUUAGACAACGCGCUUCAGCGGCGACAAUGCGCGGAGUACAUUUGUUUCUUUUGACAACAGGGUAUAGUACAACAUUCAUGCGCUGCUUUUGCCAUUUCCGAGCAGCAUCCUCCGACUCCUUGCUAAGCCAUCUUAUCCAGAAGUCAUGUUUCUUAUGCGCAGGUCUGGCUGGUUAUUGGUUGUCCGAAACUACCGCUGGAGAUACGUCGGUAUAUAAAACAAAGCACAAUCAGUUCGGUAAAAAAGAAGUAGCUUGCUAAAAGCAAGCUGCUUGCUAGCACGGUUAUUAAAAGCAGUGUGGCUACUUCUCUCUCAAAAGCCUGCACUUACUUUAGUAAAAACAAAACGCCAUACAGGAAGCUCUUUCUCACCAAAGGAUGACUGGGACAUUUUUCGCAGAUUCUUGUGCCGUCGUAGUUCUUUUGUGGUGAUGCCUAGUCUGCCUGCUGACUUGCCCAGGAAAAACCUGCAGCUGUCCUUUUCGCGCUUUUUUUUUAGCGCAACGAAUCCGGCCAACAAGAACCUCCCUUACGCACUUGCGCCUCCAGAAUGAUGCACAUGAGGGCAGAAAGAAUGCUAUGCAUGCUGCAUUGACUCAGGAACGACACAGAACACUGGAGCGAGAUUAUGUGAUCUCAUCGGUUGGAAGAGAACCAACUUCUUUGUCACUGCAUCGUCUACGAUUCGGUUUGUGUACUCGUUCUUCAUAAGCUGUUAAAGCACCCCCCCCCCCCCCUUCCUUUUUUUAUAAUAAGAAAGAACGCACUAGUUUCACACUUAAAUAUUUGGCACUAUAUCAUGCAGCAAGUUCGUUUAUCUCUAUAUACGGCUAUGAGGGGUGAAUGCUGCAUCCACAACGAAGUAUGCAAAUGAAGUGAAGGUGAGACAGCAUUUUUUUUCCAAAGGGUUGUUUCGAGCUCCUAUUCUUAACCACAGUUUUUAGAAGUUACAAUGCCACAUGAAGUAUUGUGUCUCGCUGCGGUCUACAUCUCUAAAUUAAUUAGGGGAAUUAUAAAUAUACCUUCGUUUUACACGAGUGAUAUUAUGGUACCGCUAGUCUUUCAAAAGCUGCGCCGCGUGCCAGAGCAGAGCAGCUGCUGCCAUUGGCUAUAGGCCUAUUAUCUAUUAGCCCCUGGCAGCCAAAAAAAAAAAAAACGAAAACAAAAGUUUGCGCAGUUGAAAUACCACGUGGUUCUUAUAUACAAUUGACUGCGUUAUUCUUUAAAGACGCUUUCGAAUCGCCCAAGUUAUUUAUCGGGCACCGAUUGUGAAUGCCUGAAGUAGAACUGUACUCACUUUUUCAUGCGUGAUAAGUGUGACUACAUUUUCCGCAUUUUGCUCUUUUCGUCUUCUUCAGUGUUAUCUAACUGUCGCUUGGUGGUCUUACGAAUUGGAAAGGGCAGCUUUCCUCACUCUUUCCACUCCAAUCAACGCAUCGCCUGUUUGGCUAAAAUACACGAAAUGCUUUUUUUACGCUGUUAUGAUACGCAGUGCUGUGUUAUGCUCUACUAUGCCGGCUUGAGUUAUAUGAUUUAUAUCAAGUCCUUCUGUGCUAUGUUCUCCUCUGCUAUGCUGUUUACUUUUUUGUUAUGUUAUGUUUUGAUCACCGCAAGCCAAUUCAGGCAUGACGGAGGUUCGCUUCGGAAUAACAAGAAAACUGAAAACGCAGUACGCUGAUGCCUCAGGAGGCUGCUAUAAAUCACUUGCUUCAGCGUUAUCGACGGCAUAAUCGCAAUUUCUACUCUUCAAAGGCGAGGAUGGGAUUAUGUUUGUAGCAUCGAAGAGUGAUGCCUGCUCGUAUCAAUCGAAAUUUGCAGCCCAUUUUACCAGUAUCCCGUAAGAGUGACAGGGCGCGCGACGAAAACUCUCGGAUGGUUUCUGGGUCCGGGCGAAGUGUGCCGCAUUCACAUGUUGCGCGAGGCGCAGAAAUUCAGGGCGUGACCGCAGAGACCGUUAAGCGUGAUUUUAACCGUGAAUAUUUUCCCGCUUACCUGUCGUGUAACGAAGCGAAGUCUGCUUCUGUAAAUCCCGUUAGACUUGUUUGCCAAGAAACGCACCACAUAUGCGUCUACAACCUGCACACAUGAGCUGAAAUACUUCGGAACAUUUUCGCUUGUCUCUCGGAGCAGCUUGCGUGCGCAAUUCGCUUGCCACUCCAAAACGAAGAGCUCCCUCAGUAACGAUCAACUUUAAGAGUGUUCUUUUUUUUUAUGUGUCCGUGUCACUAUGGUUGGACUGCGGGCAGUUAUCGGUAUUCACGAUGGCGCGACCCUUUUGCAUCCGAAAGGUGUAAAUUGAAAAUCAGGCGCGCACUUUCAGCAAGCAAAUCGUGCAUACCGUCUCACUUAGUACAGGGAGCCUCGUAUGGGGUUAAGAACAGGAGGAUUGACAGACCUUGAUCUGCAGUGUGUGUGACACUGCAAAACAAAGAACACGUACCGGGUUAUCGCGCCGCAGUUGCUAGCGAUAGCUCGAGCACACUGCUCUGAUGGCAAGUUUGGGGAAAAGUUAGUAUAGUGCUGAGCACUGUGUCUUCGCAGCGCUGAAUGUCAAAGACAAAAAAGAAAAAGCCAUGCAAUUUAAUGUUAGUCUAGUAGUCGCAUAUACACAUUAUAAGCGCAAGCUAAAGAUUAUGCCAACGUUCAGCUCUCGCCUUGAAACCGAUGUCUUUCAUCUUUGCAGCGCUGUUUUAUACAUGCUGACUUUUUUCUGGUGUUGUGUGUGUGUGUACUCGUAACAUGUAUGUAUAAAGAAAAGAAACUGUUCUCUUUUCCGUGUUGUGAAUACUGUUAUCGUCGGUGUACGCCCGUUGUCUUCUUAAUAGUAUAAUAUACGCUAUUGUCACUAUAGACCUAAUCCUCGCAGUCUUAAACGCACGCUCCCAUGCCGUUCAGAAGUGAAGCACUCACUAUAGGCCCUUGAAUUAUAACGUGCGCGUCGAGUGACUGCCUGCAUUGGACAAAUAAAAAAAAACGAAGUGUUUUUUUUUUAUAUUCCAGUUCACUUCUAGUGCGUGCUAACUGCGCAGAGCUAGCUUGACGUGCGCCUUGCAGUGAACAGCAUUUUGCGCGCAUUUAUAGUCCGGCUUCACAUAUAAAGUUUUGGCUGCAGUGUACGAAGUUUUGGCAGCUGUGCGCUAUUCCAACCCUGCACUCAGUGCAACAACUGAAAAAAAAAAGCACCACAACGUAGCGCUCAAGCCUGUUAGGUUAUAGGCUCCGUGCGGCCCUUGGAAGGCGCCACUACACCUGAGUUUAAAACGCCACCACUGUCGGGAAUUUCGUUCGGACGUUUCGCUCUCAUGAUUUGGUCUCGUUAGCGCACAGUCACUUAUGCGAGUGCCGACCUUAGUAUUAUCGAAAGAUCGAGAAAUUGUCAGAAGCUACCAACUAAUUUUUUUGUUAAAAGCUGUUCUAGAAAACACUUAUCGAACCAUGUACCCGUCAUUGCGCUUCAGAGCUGGAGUCUGAUCGCACGCCACUGACGAAAUUAUCGCCACUGGGAGCUCUUCUCUCCGCGUAGUGCAAAAGUUAUUGUUCGAAAGCAGCUCUGCCUUUGGAUCUCAGCCGGUCACUGUCAUGUUGCAUUGAAAUAUAUUUCCAGGCUUCGUUAUCUGAACCACAAUUUUACUGUGAAAUUCACCGAAAUGAACGAUUUCAAGGGAGCUCAGGUAUGCAUAAACUGAUGCUUCAGAGUUAUGGACGCAUAAAUCAAUAAAUACGCCAAUUUCCCCUGUAGGUUGAAACAACACCAUCCUCCCCGGUACUUGCAAAUCCACGCUUAUAUACUACAUUGACAGUUCUUGAAAGCACAUGUCGCCUUGAAGAAGACAGGUCCACUUGUCCAAGCGUUGGCUCCUGCUUUCACCUUGUUCUCGUUUUGCUUAUCGUCUUGAAUUUCCAUCUCCCGCCUUCCACGUGUUCUCCCUUUGACAGUUCUUGCAACCUAAGACUCCGACGUGGAGCAGUUUCUUCCCAUUUUCUUUUUUCUAUCGCUGAUAUUGCUAGUCUCCAACGCUUUCCUUUCUGAAAAAGGCACGACGGCAAAACAAGGAAACGAGGCGUACUGUAUAAUACCUUAGGACACGAGUAAAGGAAGUUGCACGCCUAUUCCUAAUCAGUUUUGCUGUUUGAGUGCGUGGUGGUCAAUGCGGACCUCAUGCCGUCUGUAACUGUAGCCGUAAUUCUAACUCGUACGUCAUCCCACUGCCUUCAAUUUCCUGCCAAAAAAAAAAAAAGAGACUGAUUCCGUUCCAUGGACAUCUCCUGCUGUCCGUUUCGCUGGUCUUUCCCAAGAUAAAGCUUGUCAUCCUUUUUGGUUGCCCCGUUUGUUCGUGUCAAAUACAUGUGCACGAGAUAAUGUCGCGCAGAUUAUUGCGAGAAUGCGCUAGCACAUGGCUCGAGAUUGCAUGAUAAGCGACCGCUUUACUUUAUUAACUGUUUUAACGAAAGGUUGGUGCCAAUAUGUUGCUCUGGCUUCUCCGUUUCCCGGACAUAGUUGUGCCCACAAUGGUCAUAAUAACAAAAGAAAAAAAUGUACAUUAGAAAUUAACGCAGGGACUUCAAUUUAUUAGAAGGGCUGCUACAAACGCAGCGAGACGAUAAUGAGGGCUCGGGCCAUUCGUUUGAUUUCACGUAAACGGUUUGAGGUGUAACUGACCUCUUGAAGAAAACAAAAAAAUGAAGAAUUAACACGAGAUGGAAAAUUCACUCGCCAUUGAGGGCAUUUUUUUUCUGGUGUCUUCCUUUCGUGCCCCAUUGUCAGGUGUCACCGCAAAAUGGUGACCACAACGAUCACGCUUCCGACUUAUCUCUGGCCGCGUUUCAUCUGAUCUCCCGGCAUUGAUAUUACACUGUCUUACACUGUCCGAUGGCCGCACUGUAAGUUGCGCUGUUACACCGGCCAAGCUGUGUUUUUCGGUAUGUAAAAGAGACCGAAGUGUGAACCCCAUCGUACGUACUUUGGUCCAUAGAAAAGUCUGGUUCGCGAUUGGGUGACGCCGCGUGCAAACACGCGCCCGAAAUGGGUCGGAAAUGUCUUCUUUGUGGUUGCGAUUCAAUCAUCGAGGUGACACGCAGAACAAUCAUGGAGGACAAGGGCCUUUGAACCCGUUCAAAUCUCUCUAGACAAUCUGGUCCCACGUGACCAAGCAACCAGUGAGCCGUCACAUGCGAGUAAAUGGUGACCAUCGUGACAUGGGGCAUUUUAAAGCAACCUGUGCAGGCUAUAGUGGACGACCUCGUCGAUGUUUACCGCAUAACCGCGAAUCGCCCUCUUCUUGAGUACAGUACUGAAGCCAGCCAUUGGGGCUGGUUCAAACUUCAAUCAAGGGAAUGCAGUAACUUGAACUUGCUCCAGUGUGUUUGAGUACUCUUGGUGCUUUCAGUUGCGUUGUGUCAGAAUAUACAGGUGCGCAGGUGUUCUAAUCUGCCUUUGACAAAGGUGCGAGUGCUAGCUAAAAGCCAUGUAGUGGUGUAGCCUUCCCUUUUCUUUUUGUGCUGUGAUGGUGCACAUGUUUGACCAAUGUUGGCGAACAACCACCCCGGUUCACCCAAAGUCAUAUAUGUCGAUAAAAAAGAACAUGAUUGAGUGUGUGUCUUUACAUGUGUAACUUACAUGGCGAUAUCUAUUUACCAUGCAUAUAGUUGUCUUUAAAAUGAUGCAAUAAAUAAAAAAAGAAUAUUUCCUCCUGUCUCAGCA